UACACGGUAACUCCUAAAUCCCAAAGAAGCAGACGCACACACGUGUGUUGACCAAGUUCAGUGUAACGUUACAAUUUAACUGAGCUGAGUUACUUUAAGGCGGCUGGAAGCUCGUGCAUGCACCUUGACAGACAUGUCUUCAUUUCGAAAAGCUCUGAAAUCCAAACAGCGGGAUCACAAAGAGAGAUCUCAGCCUGGAUCCAGGAAACAUUUAGGACUUCUAGAGAAGAAGAAGGACUACAAACUUCGUGCAGAUGACUACCAUCGAAAACAGAAAACGCUCAGUGCCUUACGCAAGAAGGCUCAGGACAAGAACCCAGAUGAAUUCUACUAUAAAAUGAUAAAAACUCAAUUAAAGGAUGGCGUGCAUGUUAUUAAACAGACAAAUGACCAGGUGACAGAGGACCAGAAGAAGAUCAUGAGAAGUCGAGACAUCGGAUAUGUGGAAAUGAAGAGAGUGGCCGAGUCUAAGAAAAUCGAAAGAUUAAAGUCAGAACUGCAUCUUCUGGAGGCUGAGAGUAAGCAGAAAAACAAGCACAUCUUUUUUGUGGACACCAAAAAACAAGUGAAGGAUUUUAACCUGGCUACACACCUCAACACAGUGCCUGAGCUGGUAAACAGAACCUAUAACAGACCUACACUGGACACGCUGGUGAAAAAGAGCAUUGUGGGUGCUGUGACCCCAAAGAAUAUUGCGAAACUGGCCAAACAGCGAAAGGUUCGGUACGAGGAACUGUCCCAGCGUAUUGACCGAGAGAAAAAAAUGUUCAUCAUCAGUCAGAAGAUCCAGACUCGCAAAGACCUUCAGGACAAGAACAAGAAAAGAAAAGUGAAGAAUGAGACACCCACUGCUCCUGCCAUCUAUAAAUUUGCUGCUAAAAGGAAAAGAUAAAACACUUAAGAUAAAACUUUACUCACACCACUGGAAUUGUUACUUCCAGGAGAGACAUUCACCUGACAUUAAACAGGUGACAUUAAAACCAUACACAACGGAGCUUGAGACAAAGUUUAAGCUGAUAUGUAUGUUUUGAAUCUACAGAAUGUAGGUGGGCAUAUACUGGGCUUUCAAAUGAAUUGUGAGAAGUGACAUGGCAGCUAACUGGAGAUUAUUUUUUUUGGCUAACCUGCUCUCUCUCCCAUGAAAAAUUUUCAUCAGCGGUUUUGUAAUAAUUGUAUAUAUAUAUCAGUGCUAAUAGAGCUUGUCAUUGUUGUGGUUUGUACUGAAAUUUUGAACACAAAAACCUCGUGUAAUAACAAUGUGUAAUUAUUAAGAGUUGCCAAUAGGUGGCAGUAGCCCAUUUGCUGGCAUAUUAAGUGUGUUUUAAUGGAGACGCAUGAGAAAAGGAAACAUUUCUGCCCUAAAAAAUAAAAAAUACUCUGAUACAAUAUAA